ACAAUACUGUGAACUUUUCUGCUGGUGCUUUAUCUAGGCCCACAGUAACAUCUCUGCCUAUCUAUACCGGGUUCUCCUUCCCUAUAUUUAAUAAUUAUCUAAUAAAAUAAUUUUCCGUUCUUCCAGGUAGUGAUAGUAUCCUGAAGAUAGGUCAUCAAUGCCUGUGCCUUCUCAGGGAUCGCUCCUGUUACUGAUAGCUCGCUCCUCACUCCUGUCCUUAGUUGGAUUUCAUCCCAGUGUUGACCGCUGAGCCUCCUAUAAUAUCACACGACAUGUCCUUUUUAUUUUUUUAACAUUUUACUAUUUAUUUACAUAACGUGUAUGUGAGUGAACUAUGACCCAAGAUAUGGCAAUAUCAGCCUUUUGUAAAGUUGCUAUUUAUGUUUGUUCUCUUAUCAAUUUGGAAUGGCCUCCACAGGCGGGGACAAUAAUGUGGACACAGAGCAGACUUUCACGUGUUUGCUCAUGAAGCUGUACCAUCCUCACCAAGAUGACAGAAGAAUUUUUAGUGCCAUUGAAUUGUGCAGAAAAUACGAGAUCAGAGCCGAGGAGGUGGUUUCCUUUGGACGGGACGUUAAUUGCUGUAGCUUCACCUUGCUACAUAACAGAGUCUCCCGCAUGCAGUUUGCUUUGCAGUUCUUCAAACCAUUCAAUAGUUCAGCAUUGUCUUUUGAGAUAAAAAACCUAAGCAAGAAAACCAAACUUUAUGUUGAUGGAUGGGAACUGAGUUACCUCAAUAAGGUCGACCUUCCUCCAAAGUGCAUAGUUCAUUUUGGGGAAUUUCAGAUUCUGAUGGAGACUGAAGCCGGAGAGUCAGAGGACAAAUUUGCAGUCUACUGUGAAUUAUCGCGUGUUUCUCUUGUACAAGAAACAGGCCAUCCGGUGAAGCAAUCCAUUGCUGAGUCAAACCAUCAGCCUUUUAGUGUCCCACCAACUCCUCCCCCAGUGGAAGAUGAUGAAAACUAUGUAUAAAAAGGUUAUUAUCCAUGUGUAUUACCAUUUAUAUACAAAUACAUGAAGAACAGAUAAAAUAACAGGCCACCGUAGCCUUGGUGUAAAAGCCACACUGCGGCCAUCUUGUUUCCAAAGACUUCAUCCUGAGACACCGUAUCAUAUGAAGAAGUUAUUCUCAUAAGACACUCUAUCCAUUAUUAAAGGGCUGAUCCCACGAAUGUAAAUUCUCUUUAAAACUCUUUCACUUGCAUGUUUGGAGGACUUUCUUUCCUUUCUGCGGGCGGCCUGCAGCUCACUGAGCAUCUACAUCUCCCAAGAUGCAUUGCAAUUAGCUAUUGUUAACCCCUUCCUCCCUAGCAUACAAAAUAGUCCAUCACAUAUAUUUCUAUGAAUUUAGGAAUGGGAAUGAAUGAAAGAAAGGUGUGUGGACGUCUUCACCUGCUUCUCUGAGACCACUACCCCAGGUCUGAGAGGAGGAAGGGAAGCUACUGCACGUGUUAAUCUACAGCAGGGGACGCUACCAGAGAGGGAAAUGUACAUGGGAAAUAAUAUAUUUGAAUGCAUGUACCGUAUUUUUCGCUUUAUAAGACACCGUUUUUUGUUUGUUUUUUAGGGGGGGGGAAGCAAGUGCGUCUUAUUAAGCGAAUGGUGCAAUUUUUACAUCGCUGACACUGAUACAUUGCCGGCAGCUAUGCUGCACAGUGCGGCCUCCGAUGUAUCAGUUACAGUUAAGCUCUAUCAAGCGGGGUGGGAGGUGUUGCUGAAGGCCGGCAACUGCUGUUGCACUCGCGGUGGGGCCUGGUGCAGUCACUGUACUCUAUUACAGUGCGUCGUCCACAGACCACCAUUAGUUCAAAACCCACCAAAAGCACACCUUUUGGGUAAAAAAAUUUUUUUUCUUAUUUUCCUC